AUGACAGCCAUCAACCUUAUCAAGGCCGUAAAACCAUGCUCUGUUGUUUCCACCCCACAUCGAAAGCUCUAUGAUGAAGAUCACCAAAGACGACGUGUUGCUUUCACUAAUGUGACGAGGGCUCUCCGUGCCCUUGUUGCCGAAUACCAAUCGGCUGUCCACGACAGCUGGGCACUGGCGCCAAGCUUUUGCUUUGAACUUCUCACUGGUUCUCUACCUGCUUGUUCUAUCCCUAGCCAAUGUGUACUACAGCUACUAGCUCUGAAAAUCAUGCGAGGGGCCAAGGUCGGAGAAAAUAUUCCCUGGGCGCAAAGUUCGAGGCCAUUCUCGGAUACCGUCACAAAGCUGAGCGAAUUCGACAUACAUUGUCAAUCCCAUAGCGAUCGACAACGAGAGAUUCGAAGCUCGGAUUCCGAGAUUGGAGCUUUUCUGAAAUCAUGCCCUUUAGAAGGGCCACGAAAGUCUGUUUUGAAGGCGUCAACUUUGCUUUCACAAUGGAGAGAGUUCGGACCAGAUGGACAAGACAAGAUGAAAACGGACAUCAAAAACUUCCAAGACAUCUUGCGAAAAUUUCCACCCAGGAUUAACAAAGAAGGCUCUAUGGUAGAGCUGAAAGAUAUUGUUUGUGGUGAUUGCGAAGCUGUUUUUUCGUCAAUGCUUGAGCUGGAUAGCCACCGACUCACCAAGUUUUGCCCUGGGGCAGCCAUUGUCGUGCAUGUGAUGAUGAGAGAUAAUCUUAUCAAUAAAGGGUAUCGAAUUGAACAGAGGCUGGUUCCUCUGGAGGGUCGGCCCUUGCGAGUACCCUGCAGCAAGUGUACGGAUGUGUUUGUCGAUGAUGAGGCAAAAGAUGCACAUGAAAGCUUGCAUCAAUCAAAUGAUCUUAUAUGCCUCCAGUGCGACAGGAGGUGCGAUACUGCCUAUGAACUCAAACAGCACUACGAUUACCACGAAAACAUGGAGUUUCGACAACUCAAAAAGGAAAUGACAUCAAAUCACAAGAGGGCAUCUUCUCACCCACAAAUGACGCCGAAGACUUCAAUAGUAGUGCCUCUAAGCCCCACCGAGAAUGCAUUGAGGAAAUUGCACAAGAGGAAAUCACAAAAGAUUCUCGAUGCUUGGCCACUCCGGAGACCCGAGCAUAGAGAGGAUGGUGAAAUUGUCGCUCUUUCAUUCUCAAUGGCAGAAGAUAUUGAACGAGUGCAUGCGGCAGACGGCGCACUUCAAGAAGUUGAUUCCACCGACAUAGUUGACUUUCCUAUUGCUCAAUUCACCACCUGGCUAGACAUGCGCGAUUCUGAUGACAAGAGCCAGUUGUCUACAAUGCACGAAGACAAAGAAAAUAUUGUGGACAAGAACAAUACAACCUUUCAUGAAAGCCAAGGCAACACUGUCCCUCGCCGAAUGUCUCUCUUGAAGUCCGUCCUUGGUUUGAAAUUUCCAAAAAGGCUAUCAAGAUCCGACUCUGUGACAAGCCAGCCAAGAAAACUGAUGAAGAAGGAGAAUUCGAUUCGAUUUUCACUUGUUUCCAAACCCAAGAGAAGCGAAGAAAUGUCAACCAGGAGUGAAAGCCGUGCUAGUAAUAACGUAAAUGAGGCUCGAGAUGGAGGCCUAGGCUUCCGAGUUUAUUCGCCCGAGGACAUUGAGGGUGAGCGCAGCCCGUUUGUACACAUGCGGACCGUUUCAGAGGGUGUCGUUGUUGAGGAUGUUUCUGGCCGACAACGCAUACUUCCUAUGGAGCAGAUUGCAUACAUUUAUUCUGUCAUUAGUGCCGAUUCAUCAUCAAUCGCAAUCAAGUCAAAGAUCCGCGUACUACAAUCCCAGGCUGAGAUGACUUUACAAAACGGGCAUUUGAAAACAGCAAUUGCAACAUACAAGGAUGUUUUGGAUAUUCUCAUGAGAUACCAAGCGUUAGAUACUGACCAGCGAAUAAAAGCCGGCGUCUUGCAUCGAGUUGGUUGCAUAUACAGCACUCUCGGAGCAGCCGGUGAGGCUGAAUACUACUUCUUGAAGGCACUUGCAAUUUAUAAGAAAUUGUAUGGUCGUGACCAUGCUGUCAUGUACUCUGUGCUGAAUGAUAUAGCAAAGCUAUGUGAACGAGAUGGCUAUGCGACGGAAGCAGCGGCUCUAUAUGAACGAGUACUGGCUGGUCGACUGAGAGUGCUCGGGCAGAAUGCUCCAGAGACAUUGAGUUCCAUGCAAGAACUUGCAAAUAUCAAAAUUAGCCUUGGUGAUUUGGAAUCUGCUCUUGACCUCUUCGAGCAUGUUGUUCCAGCCUUCGAAGUGGUCUUUGGUCUACAGAACGAAAGCACCCUAAAUGCGAUGAAUCAUUUAGCUAUACUCUAUCAGAAACUUGGUCUGAAUGAUCAGUCCCUAUCAAUGUCUCGAAAGAUGCUCCCUUACUGCAAGACUGUGGUAGGCUUCGACAGCUCACUAACAAGAAAUGCUCUCACGAGGUAUUUGGAAGACUCGGACAAUUUUGACUUCUCAGCCGACGUAAAGUUAAUUAUCGACCACUAUCGAAGAUCUAGAUGUACCGAGAACCAUCGAGUUUUACAGACUCUAGGACGGGCUUAUAUGAAUUCUGGACUCAACCGAGAUGCUAGUGAUUUGUUUGUGUUUCUAUUUGACGAAACAACUUCCAUGAAGGGCGCCGAUUCUCUCGAGUCGUUUGACGCCUUGAGCGGCUUAUGUGUGACAUUGGAGCACCUGGGCCAUUUGGAUGAAGCUAUAAAAAACUAUGGAAACCUCCUGAAACUUGCCCACAAGACUCCACUGAAUCAUCCGUCACGUUCUCGUAUGGACUACUCAAGAAAACGUGUCACAGACCUGCUUCAUCGACGUGAAGUUCUAACUGCCGAAAGACGCGCAUGGGGCCUUUUUGAAGAUGGAGCGUGUCUUGUCUGUCAAAACAAGACUACAUCGCUUUGCAACACUUGUCAUAUCGUACGGUUUUGCAGUGUCGAUUGCCACGACAAGAGCAUCGCUUCACAUAGAUUGUCUUGCAUCCCUUCCGUCACUCUGCGCGAAUCUAAGUCUGUAGCAAUCGCUCCCCGGUGUCCAUCUCCUGUACAGAAAGACGCAUUAGAUAUGAUUCUGCCUAGCGAGAAAGGUGCAGCAUCACCUAGCAUCACAGCUAGUCAUACAGUCUACCUGGACCCUCGCAAUUUCACAACCUUCCGUAUGAAACUAAGCUCAACUGUAAAUACUUUGCUAGUCUUCUCUCCAGAAGCUGAUAUACGGUAUACUAUUAUCGGCAACAUUUCUGAGUGUGGAACAGACCAGGUCGCUUUACCAACGGCAUCUGUCUUGACGACAGGGAAAAAGAGAAUGUCAAGCACAACCCCUGCAAAGCUUUCCAGCUACAACCAGCAAUGGCUUACUCCAGCUAUGCAAGAGUCAGUAUCGAUUACACCGAUGGAAAAAUCUGCUCCGAUCUAUUUGGUUGUUGCCCCAGGAGAGCAGAUGAUGAAGAACCUAAUCGAGAGGCGAGUUCGAGCGCGGAGUGGAGACGGAGAAAAGGAAAAAUUUGAGUCUUUAAAAAUUCCCAAUGAUGAAUUGAUUGAGUACGCGCAGGGCUUGCUAAUGAAUGGAUACAUGGGCGAGGCUUUCUUGUAUAUUGUUGGGUGGGUGUGA